GGCGGGUGGGAGCGAAUCCAGGAAGUACAGAAGCCGGUCAGGUGGGACGCGACGAGACAACACAGGUGACACCGGCGCACAGCUUUGUAUCCCUGGAAACCGGUUGGCUCUGCUGGAGAAGAACAGAAACAGAGGAAGAAGAGGAAUAUACAGAGGGAAGAAGAGAGCAGGGACCUGUCCUCCUCUGAGUUUAUGGACUGGAGGUGGCGAUGUCUCCAGGAGAGGACGGUCUGAUCGGGAUCCCCUUCCCAGAGCACAGCAGCGAGCUCCUGUUCCGCCUCAACGCCCAGCGCAGGGCAGGGCAACUCUGUGACCUCACCCUGACCUCGCGGGGCGCCCGCUACCCCACCCACCGCUCCGUCAUGGCUGCCGUCAGCCUCUACUUCCGCGGGCUGUUUGGGGCGGAGGAGGGGGCCGAGGCGGGGGGAGGAGGAGGGUUCAGUGUAUGCCAGCUGGACUGUGUAACGCCCGAUGCCCUGGAUGCCCUGCUGGAGUUCGCCUACACGGCCACCCUGACCAUCCGCAGCUCUGGCAUGAGAGACGUGUUGAGAGGGGCUCAGUUACUGGGGAUCCAGUGUGUGGUUGACGCCUGUAGAGACAUACUGGGGGAGACGGCGGGGGAGGUAGAGUGGGAGACGGGGGAGCAGAGGGUACAGGCGGAGAGGGAGAGAGAGGUGGCGAGGGGGAUGAAGAAAGGCUCCCGGAGGAAGAUAGACAGACGGAGAGUCACCAAGGUGGAGUCGUCACACCACCAGCCACUGCCUCAUCGCCCGAAUGUCAACACACACCAGCACCCCUCCACUCCUCCUCCACACCCCUCACCUGUUCAAGAUGGGGCCCGCUCUCAACCCUCCACCCGACCCCCCAGCCCUGAGCAGGAAGAGCACCCCUCCACCACGGGACAGAACGGGGAUCGGAAGCAGGGCAGGGGUGCAGGUAGAGGGAGUACAGCAGUCAACGGAGAGGUGCACUGGCCUCAGGAGCGCCUCCUCGCCCCCCACCCCCCUCUCCCUCUCUCAGACGACAGACUGUCAGAAGACGAGGAGGAGAUGGAGGGAGUAGGGAACGGAGGGGUGCCCAGCUUUACUUCCGCCCCCCUGGCAGAGCAAGGGGGGGCCACGGGGCCAGGAGGAGGGGGUAGGAAGAGGAAGUCUCAGACCCCCCAGCAGUGUCCUGUCUGUCAGAAGAUCAUCCACGGAGCGGGGAAGCUGCCCAGACACAUGAGAACACACACCGGGGAGAAACCAUUCGAGUGCUCUACCUGCGGGGUCCGCUUCACCAGGAAUGACAAGUUGAAGAUCCACAUGCGUAAACACACAGGGGAGCGUCCGUACCCCUGCCCUCACUGCCCCGCCCGCUUCCUGCAUUCCUACGACCUGAAGAACCACCUGUCUCUCCAUAGCGGGGCGCGACCCUUCGAGUGCCCGCUCUGCCACAAGGCCUUCGCCCGCGAGGACCACCUCCAGCGCCACCGCAAGGGCCUCAGCUGCCUGGAGGUCCAUACCCGGGCACGACCAAGGCGCGGGUCUGGGGCUGACCACGGGGAGGAGGGCAGAAGGCCCCACGCUUCAGCAUUCCACCCCCGUGCUGGGAUGGUGGGCCUGGGGGAUGAGGCUGGGGUUGGGGUUGGUGCUGGGGCUGGAGGUCAAAUGGUGUUCCAGAAGGAGGCUGACAGGGAGCGAGCUUUAGCCCUCUUAGGGCCUCACAGGCUGCCCUACACUGGUCUGCUGUGGAGAAGCCUGGAGCUGGGGGCGAGGGGGGUGGAAGGGGAGGAGGCAGGCGGGGGCCACUCUCCUGCACUUCAGCAUGCAAGAUGGGAGGAGGAGGCAGAGGAGGAGGCAGAAGAGGAAAUGGCAGAAGAAGAUGAGGAAGACGAUAAGGAUGGGGAUCUCACUCAGGGUAUCCACAGUGACCUGACCCAGGGUAUCCACAGUGACCUGACCCAGGGUAUCCACAGUGACCUGACCCAGGGUAUCCACAGUGACCUGACCCAGGGUAUCCACAGUGACCUGACCCAGGGUAUCCACAGUGACCUGACCCAGGGUAUCCACAGUGACCUGACCCAGGGUAUCCACAGUGACCUGACCCAGGGUAUCCACAGUGAUCCGACCCAGGGUUUGACACAGUGA